UCUCUCUACGUACAUCUAAAGAAAACUCUCAAUAGAAAACAAAACAAACAACAAUCAAGAAACUAAAAUGGGAAGAGAUCAAGAAGGAAGCACCCCAGUUCCAUUACAUCUCUGCGUCUUCGUCUUCAUCUUAUUCAUGUUCGUAACUAUCUCAUGGUACGGGAGCUACGAACCAGUCAUAGAAGGAUUUACGGAUCAGUUCAAGCUUGCUCUCAUGGCUUCUCCUCUGCUUUUGCUCUUGGCCGUCCAUUUUCUAUCCGACGAUGGAGGAGUCGUAGGAGGGAUCAAGAUGUCGUCGUUGAUACCUCUGAACGAAAGAGAGUCUUUGUAUAGAGCCGGAGGAACGCCGUGGGGAGUGGCCUUCAUGCUCGUCUUUCUCUUCUUCAUGGUUUCUUAUCAAUCUAAGUUUCAAGAACGUUGGUUUCCUCUUCGAUGAAGUAAAACGACAACGUUUUUGGUUGUUCUAGCUAGUAUUCUUGACUUCCGCUUUGGGUCUAGUAUAAUAUGGGGAUUCAAUGUAGGUCAACUGAUUUUUUUUUUCUAGUAUCGUCCAAUUAUAUACCAUUUUAUGUAAUCUUUUAAAUCACUAUUCUCAUGGAAUAGAAUAAUGUAUCAUAUAUU